GCGUCUCACACACUCUGAUGCAUCUGAGCCCAGUGAUGUUCGGUGGCGUCGUCCUGCUGCUGCUCCUCUCAGGGGGGGCGUCCUCUGAGGAGAACUGCACUUAUCAAGAUGUUUUAGACUACUUGAACUUCAACGAAAGGUCCAAACUGUUCUACAUGAACCGACCUGUUAAAAACUACAAGACGCCCACAGAGGUCCACCUGGAUUUGCUGCUCUAUGCCAUUCUAGAAGUGCAAGAGAAGGACCAGAAAUUCGUUCCUUACGUUUGGAUCACCAUGUGGUGGACAAAUGACUUCAUCAGUUGGGAUCCUGAAGAGUUUUGUGGUAUUGACUAUUUGUCCAUUCCUAAUGAAUUAAUGUGGAAGCCAGAUAUCACGAUUGUGGAGAUGACAGAGCGGGACAAGGCCCCUCCCAGUCCUUAUGUCACCAUUACAAGUCGGGGUAACGUGGAGGUUGUGAAUGAUCAGGUCAUGACCAGCACCUGCAGGAUGCACAUUUACAAGUUCCCCUUCGACACUCAGAGCUGCAACCUCACCUUCAAGUCAUUCAUUCACUCUGACGAUGAAAUCAAACUGGUUCGUUACCUCAACUCCUCGAAGAUCACUGAGGAGUCUCGAGACGUGAUGAGGAUCCAGUCUGAGUGGCUGUUCAUCAACAUCACAGUCUCCAGCAUAACAAAGAACGAUUUUAAGAACAACCAGACCAUGGUCAUUUACACAAUCAACAUGAAGAGGAGGUCGGCCCUCUACAUCGUCAACUUCAUCCUGCCCAUCCUGUUCUUACUCUGUCUGGACCUGUCCACCUUCAUGAUCUCGGACAGCGGCGGCGAGAAGCUGGGCUUCAAGAUCACCCUGCUGCUCGCCGUCACCGUCAUGCAGCUUAUUCUGAAUGACAUUCUGCCGUCAUCGUCAAACAGGAUUCCACUGAUCGCGGUUUACUGCAUCGGGGUUUUUACUCUGAUGAUGCUCAGCCUCCUGGAGACGGUUCUGGUGAUGUAUCUGAUCGCGAAAGACUCGGCGCCACGAGACGACGAGACGGAAGAAGAAGACAGAAGCCUGAGGGAAGACAAACGAGGUAAAUCCGUCUCGUGCAAUUGUGAGGAAGAUUCAAAUAAACAGUUCUACUCAGACCAAGAUCUGUCUCCUGGUAAAACGGCUUCAGAACCUCAUGGUUUCAAAGAGGUUAGAAAUAGCAGCAGACGACUGAUGGAGGAGAGUCACGUCUCAGAAAAGCUGUGGGACGAGAUAAAAGCUUUGACUCUGUUCCUGAAGAGCAGAGGAGAAGAACCAAAACCUGGAUACUGGACCAGAGUGGCUCAAAGAAUCAACAAGGCUUUCUGCGUUUUCUACCUCAGCUCUGUUGCACUGUUUUUAAUCUAUAUGUUCUUUAAAUGGAACUAAGACCUGUAUUAAUAGGGCAUGAAUAAUAAAAACAUGCAGCUCUGAUGCGGCUUUAAUGCAGUAAGAGUGUAAUGGGCUGUACACAUCAUAAUCCUCCUGAAAUGACAUGGUAUUGAUGGGACUCAUUUAUUUGCUAUGUUAUAAAUAAAGUAGUUUAGGAAUCUAUUAAUACCUAUAUUAUUGAAAAUGAAGCAUGUAAGUGUGAGCAAAAUGUAUGUUACCCUCAUAGAUAUACACUGUGUCCGUGUGCAUUGCUUUUAAUUCACAUUAAAGUGAGACGCAUGUUUCCAUGUUUUUUUAAAAAUUAUUA